CCGGGGGGGGUCCCGGUACCGGGAGGGCCCCGUUCCGAACCCUCCUUCAUCCCCCGGGGACCCCCGGGCCGGCCCCAGGCCCCGCGCGGCCUCCCCAGCGAGGGGCAGCGGGGCCGGGGGAUGCGGGGGGGCGCGGGGCGGAGCGCGGAGCCGGCUCGGGGCUGCGGAUGCUCCGGUGGGAGCGGGGCGGGCUCCAGCCCGGCUCUGGGCAUCUGCAACCGGCUGCGGGACCGCGACGGAGCCUCCGGUACCGGCUCUUCACGGCCGGAACCGGCACCGCUCCGGCCCUGCUGUCCCGGCACCAGAACCCACCGGCCUCCAGCAGCGCCGGCACCGCCACUGACACCGGCACCGGCUCUUCUUCCCCGGCACAAGGCCCCCCGGCACCGGGAGUGACCCCCCCGUUAUCCUCCCCAGGCACUGGGACCACUCCGAUCCCCCGGCAUCGCUCUCCCUUCUCCAUCACCGGGACCGACCGACCCUUCCCGGCUCUCCGGGCCCCCGCCUGCCGCAGCUUUUAAAUCCCACGAGUUUGGGAGCGGUGGGAGCUGAGAGCUGGGCACGGUGGAGUGGAGCACAAGGAGCACCGAGCCUGGUGCUGGGGAGACACUGUCCCCUUGAGCUGGCAGGGACACGGAGCAGGGCAGGACCCUCCACGGACCAGCCCAGGGGUGUUCUGUGCCGUCGGCGAUGCGAGCCAUGGCAGACCAGGCUGCGGUGGCAGCAGACGCUUCUCCAGCCCUGGCACCGUCCCCGGGCUCACCUCGGCGUGGGGACACGGAGGGACCAUCGCUCCACGCCGGCGGCGCCCGGGAGGACGGGGGCGGCCGGGAUGGCUGCGGGCUCCUUCCCGCGGCGGACGGGGACACGAAGCGUCCCCCCUCGCCCCAGCCUGGGGAGAUGCUCCUGGCCGACCUCCCCCGGGCCCCCCAGCCCCGGCUCAGCCCGGCCAAGUCGCGCACGGCUCCGUCUUCUCCCAGCGUGUCCCCAUCGGAGAGCCGAGCCGCGCUGCUCCGGCUGCGCGAUGCCAGGCUGGAGGACACGAGGAGGCGGCUGUCGGAGGCCGUGCAGGAGCCCCUGAGCCGUCUGAGCCGCCUCAUGGCCGAGGACAGCAGCCCCACGGGCCGGGCCAAGGAGCCGGGGGGCAGCGGCGGGGCCGGGGGCCGCCGGGUGCGGGACUGGACGCCCUGGGAGCCCACCCUGAACUGCCGCUACGAGAUCUGCUCCUACGGGGACGUGAUCCAGGUGGUGGAGGUGGCGCAGAGAGACACCGAACCCCCGCUGCCACCUCCCGAGGAGGCUCCCCCGGCGAGGUCCGGGGGCUCCGUGCCGGGCAGAGCGCUCGCCUCCAUCGCCCUCCUCGCCUAUGGGUACCUGGUGCUGCCGCUGCCGCCCUACGCCGCCGGGCUCUGCCUGGGACUGCUCUGCGGGCUGCUCCUGGGCUUCCUCGCCAUCCUCCUCCUCGUGCCCAAGGCUCCCCCGGCCGCUCGGGGACCCUGGGGCCGCCUGCGCCCCAAGCUGCUCCCGGGGGAGCCGCGGGAACCGCCCCACCUCCAGGGCUGGAUGAACCAGCUGCACGUGUACGACCCCGAGAUUUUCCACCCAUCGCUCACGCACUCGGUGCUCGCCGUGCUGGACGGGGCCACCCUCAAGCUGUCCUACCCCAAGAGCAAUAUCCCGCGCCGAGCCACCUUCGAGGAGGAGAUCCUGGACGCCGUCUUUGUCAGCCACCGCUGCUACGACCUGACCGACGCCAAGGUUUUCCUGUGCCCCCCCAGCCUGGCCCGAAAGAGGACGUGGAACAAGAAAUAUCCCAUCUGUGUGCUCCUCCCCGAGCCGGCCGAGGGAGAGGGCAGGAGCAGGGAGGAGCACGACGCGGAGCUGCAGGGGGAUGAGGGGACCAGGAAGGUGCCGGUGUCCGGGCAGGACAUCCCAGGGGACUGCAGGGACAGGUGCCUGUACCUGUUUGGGCGGACGGGGCGGGAGAAGGAGGAGUGGUACCAGCACCUCGUGCAAGCCUCCCGUGGGACAGCCGGCAGCCACGGUGACACCAGGGCAGGCAUGGGAUCGGCUCCGCAGAGCAGCAGCGGCAGCAGCAGCAGCGCCGAGGACAUCCCAUCCACGGAUCCAGCCACGGACGUGUCGGGAAGCGCUGAGGAGAUUUACCUGGAUUACAGCACCUACAUGGCCCGAUUCGUGCCAGCACAGGCGGCUGCCAGCCCGGCCAGGAGCCCCUCUCACGGAGCUCUGGGCAGCCCCACACCCACAAAGGUGAGCGGGACAAACUCCGCACCGGGAGCGGGAUUUGAGCGCCAAGCGGAGGCUGACGGACCCCGCACGGAGCCGCCUCCAGCCCGUGGUUUGUUGGAGCAGCCAAGCCCUGGGGCAGGGGAGCACAGGACAGCAGGUCCCGCUGCUCACGGGGCCACCUCGCUGCGGGGGCUGGUGGCUGCUGUCCCCCCGCAGCUCGGCGAGGACACGGCGAGCAUGGCCUGGAUGAACGCGCUGGUGGGGCGCAUCUUCUGGGACUUCCUCCGGGAGCAGUACUGGGCAGAGCAGGUGUCCAACAAGAUCCAGAAGAAGCUGAGCAAGAUCAAGCUCCCGUAUUUCAUGAACGAGCUGACGCUGACAGAGCUGGACAUGGGCACAUCCAUCCCCUCAGUGCUCAGUGCCUCCAACCCCACCAUCAACGAGCGGGGGCUCUGGGUGGACAUGGAGGUCACCUACAGCGGCUCCUUGCAGAUGACACUGGAGACAAAGAUGAACCUCAGCAAGCUGGGGAAGGAGAGCUCUGCAGAGGAGAGUGGCCCUGCGGAGGCAGGCAGAGAGGGGGCCAGGCCACGGCUGAUCCUGCUGGCAGACAGCGAUGCCGAGUCGUCCAGCGCCGGCUCCUCUGAUGAAGAGGAUGUGACCACUGCAGAGCCCGUGGGAGCCCCGGGGGAGCGGCUCCCCCCACCUGGCACCGAGGGCCACGUCAGCGGCAACAGCACGAGCCGGAGGAUCCUGCGCUUCGUGGAUAAGAUCGCCAAGUCCAAGUACUUCCAGAGGGCCACGGAGAACGAGUUCAUCAAGAAGAAGAUGGAGGAGGUUUCCAACACGCCGCUGCUGCUGACGGUGGAGGUGCAGGAGCUGGCAGGAACCCUGGCCGUGAACAUCCCCCCGCCACCGACCGACCGUGUCUGGUACAGCUUCCGAGUGCCCCCACAGCUGGAGCUGAAGGUGCGUCCCAAGCUGGGCGAGCGGGAGGUGACAUUCCUGCACGUCACCGAGUGGAUCGAGAAGAAGCUGAAGCACGAAUUUCAGAAAAUUCUGGUGAUGCCAAACAUGGACGAUCUCAUCAUUCCCAUCAUGCGCUCUGGCCUGGAUCCUUGGCCACCCAGCACGGGACUGCCCCAGGACCCGCCAGCCAUGGGGGACAGGAGGCUCUGAAGCACCACCCCAGGGGCAGGGACACUGCCCAGAGCUCAGGGACCUCGCUGGGACACGGGGACAGCCGGGGCCUGGCCACUGACUGCACCCAGGGCUGUGCCUGGAUUCAUCCCCAUCUCUGCUUCUGCAGAUGAGCCUCCUCAGAUCCUGCAAGCACACCUUCAGGGCACAGCCAGGCUGCUGGAGAGCCAGGAAUUCCAUGGCCACGUUCCCAGGACUCCUGGUCAAGCAGGCAGCUCUGGACAGUGGAGGGCUGGGCUUCCCCACUGUCUGGUUCCCAAAGAGGGUGCAGGACACCUGGAUCACGGCACCAAAGGAGUUGGGAUCGUCACUGAUCCAAAUUUCCCAGCUCUGGGGCAUCCCCCACGCUCCCCACAGGCAGCUGGGCUGCAAGGAAAGCACAGGUGGGAAAGGAUCCCAAGUGAAUAAAUCCAUCGCUGCCCAGCCCUGCCUAGCAGCCCUCUCGUUCUACACAAAUCCCCACCUCUGGCAGGAUCUGGGGGCUCUGAGCAGGGAGAAGCACCUCCAGCUUGGCAAAAGCAGUGCUGGAGGUGUGUGGGAGAGGCACUGAGGGGACAGUGAGGGAGGACAGUGAGGAGAGGCCCUGUACUCCCAGUGGAAACUGGUGCAGAAGCUCUGGUACGUGCUCUGCUCUCUGCUGGGAGGGAGGAAGGGGAAUCUUCGUGGUGAUUUGGGUGAGUGGGGAAAAUUCACUGGGCAAAGGAAAUGGAGGGUCCAGAGGAGAGAGCAGGCUGUCCCUGUCCAUGUGGGCCAGUCCCAAAUGCCACUUUUCCCAAUCCCACCUGCUGAGGAGGCUGAAAACAGGCAAGACACCCCUCCAGAAGGAGAGAGGGAGCAGGCAUGGCUUGGAGCCCCUUUAUUGCAAGUGCCCAGUCAGGCAGCCUUGGCUCUCCAUCCUUAGAGAUCUUCCUGCACACCUGGCUUCUUCACCAAAUGUUUCUUCUGGGGGCCCUGGAAGAGAGCAGAGAGGAGAGUUUGGAUUUAGGGACACACAGACCUGGCCUCCACGGCUGUGUCUGGCCUGUGGUGACCAGAAAUCUGCUCUGGCCAGCAGCUUAAAAAUGGGGUUAUCCCGCAGCAAAUCAAUCCUAUGGGAACAGGUGGCAGGAAUUACUUAGGUCCCUCAACCUCCAGACAAAUGGGAUGUUUUAGCACAGAAUCCACGGGGCAGAAUGGCACAGAAAAGAGCUGCAGCCAGGUCAAACCUCCUCCUGUCACCGAGCUCCUUGUCACAGCAGCUCAGGGCUGGCAGUGACACAACAGGCUCCUGACACUGAGCUGAAGGAAAUCAGCUUAACCUCUAAAGAGCUCUGCAAAGGCAGUGCCUAACCAAUCCCCCUGCCAGCACUAAGGAGGCUUAGCCAGCUUCACAUGGCAUUUCUGGCUGACAGGCCAGACCCAGUUUACAUCUGCGUGGGACUCAGGCACUUGUUUCUUUCCCUUCUCCCUCUCCUGGUUUACUCAGUGCUUCCUCCACUUCAGACUCAGAUUCACACCAGCCUGGUGAAGGCUGCAAAACUAUUCAGGAAAGUGCUGUGUUUUGAUGAUUUAAUUAUAUUUUUUUUGCCCUGGAUUUAAGAAAAAUACACUGCUUGGCCUUCUUGAAAGCUUUUGAUGAAAGCACCACAAAUUUGCAUCUGAAUUUGACCCAAACUUUUUUUUCCUGUAAGAACAUUAAAGCUAUAAAUCAUUCCAAACAAACCAAAGCAGUGCACAAUUCCAAGUGAUAGGGACCAUAUGGCCAAGACAGUGCCUGCCAAGUUAACUGCUUGUUUAAAACUUCCCAUGGUGAAUGGGAACUGGUUGCCCAUAUGGUCUUUUAUUUGCUGGUUGUCUUGUUUCACUCACACACCCAUCCUGUUCUUCCUUCAUCAUUUCUGCUGUGUGAACUGAAUUCAUGGCUGCCUUUAGGCAAGAGAGUCUCAAACAUUCAUUUGGCUGUUGUAUGGAGAAACAGAUCACAGGAUCACGGAAUCACAGAACCCCAGAAUGGUUUGGGUCAGAAGGGACAUCAAACUCAUCCAGUUCCUCCUCCCUGCCCAUGGACACCUGGAAGAUGCUGGCUGGGAGUCAGUCACUUGCUGUGGCCCCACGAUGAGCUGGAAGCCUGAGGAACUCACCAUGAAAGCUCUCUUUUCCUGAGCUGUCUGGAAGCGGCCAUGGCCGAAUUUGGAAGUGGUGUCAAUGAAUUUGAGCUCGAUGGCUUCGUGGGCCCGGCGGCUCGUGUGCACCAGGAGGGACUGGGA